GGCAUUACAAUGGGAUUCAUUGUAGGAAAUAAGGGAGUGGCACUAUAUCACCAUGAGUAUAGUAGAGAAAUUGUUCAGCAGAGAGAAGGGCUCGAAAAGGUCCAGCAUAAUGCACCCGGAUAUAAUGGUAUCUAGAAUUUAUUUUAGUGGAUCACUUAACCACGGAGAAGCAGCAGUAUCUAGAAUUGCUCCGAUUGGCUGCAUUGCUUUCAGUCCAACCGGGGGAUUCUUACUCUCUGGAUCACACUUUUUAAGUCGAUGGAAUACUGAGACUUUAGAGAAGGACACAAUAUCCUUCCAAAGGAGUACUCAAAUACCAAUAACGCAAGUUGCUGUUAUGACUGAUGAGGGGAAGAUAAUAUUUUCGCUUUCAAACGGCAGGGUCUUUCUUGCACAUCUCCACCACAAUGGUGGAGUUGGAAUUACACGAUUGGGCAGUCAUAUCGAAUCUGUCAGCGGUCUUAUCAGAGACACUGACAAUCCGAAUCUGGGUUAUUCCUGUGGACAAGAUGCGUUCAUCAAAUGUUUUGACAUCCGAAGCCCUCAUCUUACCAAUCUCUUGGAGUGUUAUAGGUUUGAAAACAACCCACCACUUCGCCUUAGAUUGAAUGGCAUCUUACAGAAUCCUGACGAUCCUAUGUGCAUUACCGUCUGUGGAAAUGAUCCAUAUGUCAGAGUUUACGAUACCAGGUUUUUGAAAGAAGAUUUGAAUGGUCCUGUUAAAGUUUUCUUGCCGCAUGAUCUAGCUAAUGGAAGUACUGCUUGCAUUAAAGGCAUAGCGUAUUCGAAGAUGGGGCAACUAUUGGCUUCUUGCAACAACCAAAAGAUUUAUAUGUUCCAACAGGAAAUGGGAUUAGAUCCAAAAUCAAUCCGUCUUCCCUUGCAUCUCAAUGGUGUGCCAAUCUGUCUCAGUGAAGCUCGGGUUUAUCAGGGUCACACGGAUGAUAACCAGUUAGACAGACAUGACAUAACUUUCUUUGGUUCUGAAGACGAGUACAUUGCCUUUGGAUCAGCAUGUGGAAGGAUUUUCUUUUGGAACAAAAGAGAACCCAAGAGGGUUAGCCGCAUUGAAAGUUACUUGCACCCUGUAAGGUGCAUGACAAGGCAUUCUCGUCCCCAACGUCCCAUACUGGCUACUGGUGGGGUGGAUCAUCUUGUUCAUCUCUGGGCUCCUAAUGAUGAGCUGCUAAUAGGUUAAGUAGAAUUGAAGAUGGCUAAUUUGACUUUUAUCUUUUAAAUUUUUCAGAGAAAAAGUUAAAAUUGGCAUCUUUUCUGCUAUUCUGGGAAGUUUAUGCGUACAUUCUUUUGAAUUUUGUAGUAUUUGCUUUGUAAGUUUCAAC